UGAGUUUAAGAGCUCUGUCUAUGUGAUUGACAUAUAGUAUUAUAUUUCCAUAUACAUGUGUAUGUCAAGUUUGUGUGUUGCAUUUGCAUACAUGUGCCUUUAAUGUUCCCUCCCUCAUUAACCUUCUAUUGUUUCUCUAAACUUUUUUCUCAACUUGUUCAAAUUUAUUAUCAGCCAAAAAUAACUUUAGAGCUUUUCUUCCAUCCCUAAAAACCAAGAAACAGGUUGUUUUCAAUCACAUAUAUGCUCUUUAUACUAGUGGCUUCUAACUUCCUGGAUAUUUAAUGACACAAAUUAGAGCAAAAAUAUGAAAGUCUUUUCAUAUCCAGGUAAAUUUUACUGUCUUUUGCUUUAUAUAAAUGGCAGUCUUUUUGGUUAUAAUGCAUUAAAGAGGAAUGAUAAGACACUAGUAUAUAGUGAUUGAUCUCUAGAGGUAGGGAAAAGUUGCUCUUUUUGGUUUCUGAAUCUUUGUUGGUGUUGGAAAAUGUUGUUGCUGAUUUGGGUGUUUGAGGGAAAGAAGAAGAGAAUUGUGGUUAAGGAUUAACAUUAGGCCAAAGGGUGAACCUUUUUGGAGGGAUUGACUAGCAUGGAGGGAUCCAUGCCCCCGAAAACGAUGAAGAAACAACUAACGGGGAAGCGUGAGGACACUGUGUUGCAUAAAUUGGCUAGAGCUGGAAAUCUUGUUGAAGUAAGAGGGAUUAUCGAUAACACGGGGGAGGAAGAAUUGGCGGAGUUGUUGGUAAAGCAAAAUUCAGCUGGAGAGACCCCUUUAUAUGUUGCAGCUGAAUAUGGUUAUUGUGAGUUAGUUAAGGAGAUGAUCAAGUACUAUGAUCUUGUAGCUGCUGGAAUCAAAGCAAGGAACGGAUUUGACGCGUUGCACAUUGCUGCUAAACAAGGGGAUUUGGAUGUGGUGAAGGUACUAAUGUCAGUACAUCCUGAGCUCUCAAUGACUGUUGAUGUUGCAAAUACAACAGCUUUGCAUAGUGCAGCAAACCAAGGGCAUAUUCAGGUGGUGAAUUAUCUAUUGGAGGCUGAGGGUAGUUUGGCCACUAUUGCUAAAAGUAAUGGGAAAACAGCCCUUCAUUCUGCAGCAAGAAAUGGACAUGUGCUAGUGGUGAAAGCCCUUUUGAAUAAGGAGGCAGGGAUAGCGAGCCGGAUGGAUAAAAAGGGGCAGACUGCACUUCACAUGGCUGUCAAGGGACAAAACCUUGAGGUUGUGGAGGAGCUGACUAGAGCAGACGCUAAGUUGAUAAAUAGCGUUGACACAAAGGGCAAUACAGCAUUGCACAUUGCAGCUCGGAAAGGAAGAGCUCAGAUUGUUAAGUUUCUGCUUGGGCAGAAUGAGACAGACACUAAAGCAGUCAAUAGAUCAAAGGAAACAGCCAUUGACACUGCAGAGAAAAUGGGACAGACCAAUAUUACAGUCAUCCUACAGGAAGCUGGUGUAGAAAGCGCCAGAACCAUCAAGCCUCAGACUACAAAUCCCGCAAGACAGUUGAAACAAACAGUCAGUGACAUAAAACAUGAAGUGCACUAUCAAAUGGAACAUACACGACAGACAAGAAAACGUAUACAUGGCAUUGCCAAACGCAUAGAUAAAAUGCACGCUGAAGGCCUUAACAACGCCAUCAAUUCUACCACAGUCGUAGCUGUACUCAUUGCCACAGUUGCCUUCGCAGCAAUUUUCUCUGUCCCAGGACAAUACAUCGAGUAUCCAGAGGAUGUUCCACCAGGCCAUUCCCUUGGAGAAGCAAAUAUAGCUCCAAGUCCCUCAUUUCUGAUUUUCUUCGUGUUUGACUCUGUUGCCCUUUUUAUCUCUCUUGCAGUUGUGAUCGUUCAGACAUCGAUCGUGGUAGUUGAAAGCAAAGCAAAAAAGCAAAUGAUGGCAAUCAUAAACAAGCUUAUGUGGUUAGCAUGUGUGCUAAUUUCAGUGGCUUUCUUGGCACUGUCUUAUGUUGUGGUUGGUAAAAAUGAGAAAUGGCUGGCUAUUGUAGUGACUAUUAUAGGAACAGCUAUAUUAGUUACAACAUUAGGUACAAUGUGUUAUUGGGUCAUAAUGCAUAGGAUAGAGUCCUCCAACAAGAGGAACAUUCGAAAGAACUCUCUGGCCAGCAGGUCCUUGUCCUGGUCUGCAUCAGUCAUCUCUGAUUCUGAUGUUCUAAAUAAUGAAUACAAGAAAAUGUAUGCUAUAUAAACUUUUUUAAGAAAGUAGCAUCCCUGUAAAUCCUACCCCAAAAUUGUAUUUAUUUUUUUCCGUUUUGUGGGGUAAUAGAUCAUUGGCGUUACCUUCAUGUGCA